GGUUAUUCCGCGCCAUUGGAGAUCAACGUCUAUGCCAUGAUUGAGUUGGGCGCAUAACCUGUGAUAUUAUUCACGAUUUGUGAGACAUAAUUCUGGAAGUUGCCGAGUCUAUGCGUCAGACAGGGCAAUAACAAGCUGCUGGUUAUCAUCAUGGGACAUCUUUCCACCAUUGGGCAGACCAUCAAAGAUGUCACAGGCAAAUUUAUGAUGUUGAUCGUGGGUGCAACCGCGGCAACCCGAGCCUCUCACGCCGACGGUGUUGACUGCGUACCGUACGACCCCAAUGGUCCACCACCAAAGAAGGGGGCCGUGAAAGAUGUUCAAGUUGCGGAGGAACAUAUCGGAUCAAAUGGCAAGGCUAAAAUCAAAUGGUACGAGUAGUAGUAGAUCUUAAUUCCAGCAAACAAUGAUAAUAACAUGAAGCU